GACACGCCUGACACGGACGUGCUCACGGCAAACCACUUUUCGUACUUCGCCACGGCCACCUACGACGGCAUCGCGGAGGCUAAGGCGGUGGGCACACCUACCUAUCCAGACGCGUCGCAGUGGAUGAGUUCUUUGAUUACCAAGGAGAACGCCAAGCUCCAAGAG